AUGCAAGCUGACACUGACAGCGAAGGACCAGCAGGUGUCACUUCCCCGUUCGACAACUCACAAACAUACCAAAAUGUCUCGGCAUCAGGUACUCUACCAUCAAUAUGUCAGCCUACCUGCCUCAUACCUGACUCCUGGCUAGCAGACCCAACAGACUGCCAUUAUUUCUAUGUCUGUCACUUCAUUGAUUAUCUUUCCAUGAAGCCUCAACGCAUCAGGUGUCCCGAAGACAAGCCAGUGUUCAGCCAAGAUGAAGGGAAAUGCAUGGCAUCAAUUCAGUGUGUGGUAACCUGUCCUGGUGCUGUUGCUCCGAUGCCUCCCCCAACCCCUGACACCACCAGCUGCCAGCCUAAGUGCGUCAUUCCGAACUCCCUGGUGCCAGACCCAAUGGACUGCACCCACUACUACAUAUGUGUAUUCCUGAGAGGUCUGACGCCGCAUCCUGUUCGUGCGAGGUGUCCUUCCACCAAACCUUUCUUCCACAGGACUAAACUCCGGUGUGAAGCCGAGGCGAGAUGUAUUGAAAUGUGUUCUGUUCCCUCUACUUCGCUAGAAACUACAGCACCGCCAGCAGUUGAAGACCUGGAUGAUCCUUGCUUGCCCUCCUGUGUCCGACCAGAAUCUGUGGUGAAGGAUCCCAAGGAUUGCCACCAUUACUAUACCUGUAGAGCCAAUGGUAACAGCACCAUUCUUACAAGAAUGGCUUGCCCUCCGAGCCGACCCGUGUUCGAUGCAAGCAGCGAAAGCUGUUCAUACUUUGCAGAAUGUCAGGUUACAUGCCAGCAGAGUGAAACCCAUACUGGAAAUGACACAGACAAUGCUUUAAUGAGCCACAAAUACGACUCAUUUGCCAACGUCUACAGUGCCUCCGAUACAACAGAAUAUCCCUAUACCAGUUCUUCUAUAGUGACGCUAUCGCCCACAGUUACGCCAACACAUUCUUCAACAUCUGUUAAUCUAUGCCGACCAAUUUGCUCAUCCCAACACACUCUUGUCCAUGACCCUAUUGACUGUAACCACUUCUAUACAUGCAACAUCACUCGCCUUACUCCAUAUCCCCACUAUACACCAAUUCGAGGAAAAUGUCCCCCAGAACGACCGGUCUUUGACCUGAAGAAACAUUCUUGUGCUGCAGAUAUUCCUUGUAUUACUACAUGUGAAGGGGUUAUAGCUACAACUCCUACAACAUUAGCUACCAGUGGCAAACCCUCACAAGUUACACCCAUAAUCAUCCCUGGUGACGAUGGGCCUUGCAAUAUCUACUGCGACAAGCCAAAUUCUAUCGUGCGUGAUCCAACCAGUUGCCAUCACUACUUCCUCUGUAUAUUCUUCGAUGGUACUGUUCCUCGCCCUUUGAGAAUCAGAUGCCCAAGAGAGAAGCCUGUGUUUGAUACGGAGAGCAAGACCUGUCAAAGCCAUGCUCCCUGUCGCACCUUGAAUUGUCAGCAAACAAGCAGUGAAUCAACAACAGUGGGAUCCAUCACUCCAUCACCUGCAGGAUUCAUUAAUAACACUCUAACAGAAGGAACUAUUAGCGAGAAACCGACACCAACAGAAUCUGUCGGUACCAAACCAACACAAGAACCUUUCACUGUAAGUCCAGCAACAGAAGAAAUCACCAGUACAACAGAUGAAGAAAUGAUCACUACCACUCUAACACCAGAAGAAACCAUAAGCACCAGUCCAACAACAGAACCUACUACUAAUGAUCCAGAUUCCAGUGAAAUUAUCACUACCAUUCCACCAUCAAAAGAGCCUAUCACUACCAGUCUACCCUCAAAAGGACCUAUCAUUACCAGUCUAACGCCAGGAUUUAGUAGUACCAGCCCAACACCGGAAGAACCUAUUACUAACUAUCCGUUUCCAGAAGGAAUGGUCACUACCAGUCCAAAACCUGGAGCUACUAGCGGCACCAGUCCAUCUGAGGGAACUUUUAGCACAGCCUUUACUCUGAACACCAGCCCCGCAGUAGAAGUCACUCCACAAACAAUGACAUCAAAUUCGGAUUCAGGAGACACUGUUCCAGAUCACUGCAAGCCAAAGUGCAAGCGUGCAGGUAUUCUAAUCCCUGAUCUGACUGACUGCACUCGUUAUUAUGCAUGCGUUUUUGUAAAUGGCUUAGUUCCUCAGCCGGUGGUCGCCAGAUGUCCUAAAAACAAACCCAUAUUCAACAACAUCACAAGACGUUGUGUGGAAUCAGCCCCGUGCUAUACUCCAUGCUCUACACAGGAAGAAACCACCGUUAGCAACCCCUUUCCCUCAUCAGUUACUCCGGUACCCACUCCAAGUGAAACCACCCCACAGGAUCUAGCAGCGACUGGGUGCUCGAAUGCUGGGUUCUUUGCUAAAAGUAAUAUCUGUGUCGGGGUGUACACUCUUGGAGCUAUACCUUGGGCAUACAGUAUUCAAAUCCUCGAAAAUCGGUCACAUGACAAUCGCAUACCCUUACCCAGUUCCUACCACUUAUUGCCCACCUUCUGA